AUGUCUCUGCCGCUGUACGAGCAAGCCAGUGACCUCACGGCCAUUCCCACUACCGAGUGGGAAUGGUCUGCAAAGGCCUCUGCUGGGCUGUCAAAUGGCUCUGGAAGGAGCGAGGAGGUCGGUGAAAAGGAUACCGCUCCCUCCCAGUGGGGCAUUCAGUUCCUCCCUGGUGAAAUUCGCCAGAUGAUAUACAACUAUGUCUGCCUUCACUACCGCGUGCAGAUCCAGCGUGCUCCCCGGAAGCAGGUCCCACCUGUCCCAAAGGUGGAUGAGGAGACCGGCGAAAUUCUCAUCAUGGUGAAUUGGAAGAACUCAGAAGUCUUCAAGCUUACUCACCGUAAGCUGCCCGCUCGCGUCAAGAGUACCCAGGAAAUUGACGCUGGAGCCCCAUCCGCCUUCGCUCCCCCGCUGAACCUCAUGCUAUCAUGCAGGAGUAUCCACGAUGAGGUCAAGCCUUUCUUGUACAAGCAUACCCAGUUUGUCUUCCAUUCAACCCGGGUUCUCAACCGCUUCCUGAAUUUCACUAGCUCGGAGAUCAAAUCGGUGGUUCACCACAUCGAGGUGACGCACACCAUGUAUAACGACCCCUUUGACCAGGCAAAUAAGAAAUGGAAGACCAAGAGCGACAACGCCUGGAUGAAGACCUGCCUCCGCUUGUGCCUCGAGCUUCCUGCACUGCAGGUUUUCCACCUGGAGCUCGGCGUCUUUGAUAGCGCUGCUGAACUGCGAGUCUGUAAUCCCUGGUUCAACCCCUACCUGGGUCUCUGCUUAUUCCACAAUAUGCAUCACACUCGCUGGCUGGACCUAAACGUGCGCGUCCUCCAGAUCCCCACCGAGGGAAGCCAGUUCAAUGAAUACGUCCACAGCCUCGUGGCAGACAGGUAUGCAGAGGGCGAUCUCGACAGCGAAACCGAGGAAAUCAUGGACGACCUAGGGCUAUACCGGCAACGGCCCGCAGUGUACAAGACAGAGGAUGGUGUGCUCACAAAGCGAGACCUCAGCAUUUCAUGGUUCAACUGA